AUGCCAACACUGACUUCAACUGCAGCGUCAUCCAUCUCAACAUCAGCUUCUAGUGAUUGUCUAACAAAUAAUUCAACAUUAAUUACAUUCGAUGAUUUAACUAAUCUAACAGAUUACACCAUUCCAAACGGUUAUUUCAAUUUACGAUGGUCAAAUGUUCGUGUUCUUCAAGCUUCCGUAUAUGGCUUAUAUUCCGGUUAUCUAACAGCCUUAUCAAGUGGUCAAUAUGUAGCAGUAUCAGUGAAUAUAUAUUCAAAUCCAUUGACAAUUUCUCUACCACCAUCUAAUUCUUCUAAUACAACAGCGUUCACAAUUUGGUCGUUUAACGCAUCAUCAGCUUGGUUCGAUAAUAAUACAGUUACAAUGCAAGGUUCUCGUUUAGGAUAUCUUCUCUAUAUUCAAAAUGUGACAUUAAAGUUGAACUCAGCAACAUUCGUACAAUUGGAUUGGACGAAUAUUGAUCGAAUUACAUUUUCAAGUUCAAUUGCUCAAUUUGUAAUGGAUAAUUUGUGCCUUAAGAUAUCAAAUGGAACGAAUAAUCCUGUUGGAAUAAGUAUCAGUGAUUCAAUUGUUAUUAGUAAAAUUGCCAAUGCGCUGUAUAAUGGGAUCAAUUAUACCUCGCCAUUAAUUAUUGGACAUAGAUGGAACGUUGGCAUAUGUGGUUUCGGAAUCGAAUUGAAUCUUGAUUCACCAUCAUUGUGUCACUGUAUUUAUUCACAGGGCUAUGCAGUACGACCUUGUAUUGGAAAUAUGAAUUGGGGUGGAAUCAAUGGAGAUACUUGUAGUGCUUCUAAUCAAACGAUGACUGUUACAUUUCAAUUGGCAUAUGGUGCUAUAGUGCCAACGACAACUCAAAGUAAGCUUAGUUAUUUAAUUCUUGAUAUAGAAGAGAGAGGUAAUAUCGUCAUAACUCCUCUGAUACUGGACUGUUCAAAUAUCAAUACAACAAUAACAGCAAAAGCACGUAACGCAACCUCAAAUCGACAAAUCUACUAUCUCUCAAACCCAUCCUUUGAAGCACCAUUAUAUUUUCAAGUUAGCACUAUUUACAUUGCACAAGCCAUAAACGAAACACUCACAUUUGGUCUUCGAAAUGAUCGGGGCCGUACCUAUAUCGAUCAAGUUUCAGUUUUAAGUGGUGGACGAGAACUUCUAAUAAAUGGAAAUUUUGACUAUCCAUCUAAUUAUCAAUAUGGUUGGUCUCAAGAUCCAUAUAAUGCUCAAUACGGUUGCGGACUGUGUGAUUCGUACUGUUAUGCAGAUUCUUCUAUUGGAAUAAUGGAUUAUGUUAGUCAAACAUUUACAACAACACCGGGCACAGUGUUAUAUAUUAGCUUUUAUAUUAGAUGGAUUAGUAGUGGUUCGGGAAUUAUAGCUAAUGUAACAAUAUAUCCUUGA